GGUGAUACCGACUAGUAUUAAUUGUCGAACAGCCAAGCCUCACCAUUUAGGACUAUAUAAUAUCCUCGAACCCUGGUUGGAUUCAUGUUGAAAUCGGAUACCCCAGGAAUAACGGAUAUAUAUAUAUUGACUUCCGACAAAACGAGGUCCUGUUUCAUCCUUGAACCCUCAAGUCAAACGGUUUUAUCCUCCUGCUCUGCCACCACUCGACCUCGACCUUGUUGCUACCUCAAUUAUCCUGCCGUUGGGCUUUCAAAUUGAGGAUAUAUUCUCCCAGAUCAUUCCGUUCGGUGGAGAGAUCUGGCCGGAUACUUCCUCUUCCGCCGCAAUCGUCCCAUGCCAUUGAACCGACGUGCCACGCCCGGUUCUGACCAUUCAUUCAGUGACGACGACUCAUCUGGAACAGGCGAGCAGGUCUCCCUGCCGUCCACUUCAAGCCACGAAUAUCAAGACUACGGAGUCGGAGGACCUUGGUCUCAUCUCCAAUAUCCUGACGAGCUAAAGCCGUCCGAUUCGGCUUCACGACCACGCACAUCCAACAGGCUGCGCGAACCAGUCGAUCCUCGACCACCCCGCCAUCGUUCAUCGAGGCGGCACCAGCACCAGAGUCAGCAUCCCCACCCUCGUGCGCACCCACACGCGCACCAACACCCUCACCCACAGGUCCAAGAAGCCCGCGCGGUGCCUUCCCACAGGUCAAGAAGACAACACGCCCGAGCGGCACCCCCUCAGCCGCCUCCGGUCCCCGUAUCACCUGAACCAGACUCUUCUGAAGAGGAAGAAGAAGACGAAGAGGAGGAGGAAGACGAAGAAGAAGAAGAGGACGACGAGGACGACUAUCUAGACUACGCACCAAACCCGGCUGAUAGACGGUUCUGGCCAGCACCUCCAACACAGGGCCCAGCGUCAUCUGCUCCAUCAUUCAAUCCAUACACGCCGCACCAACAGCCUCCACCACCCCCGUCUUUCACCCAGGCGCAACAUGCUCAUGCUCAUCCUGGGGGACCUUCAACUCAGCUUGUUCAAUUGGGACCCAUGGGCCAUCAGAACCCUGUAGCAGGACACAUGGGUCAAUACUCACAUCAACAGUACCCCUACGGCGGGCACUAUCCGCCUCCGCAGGGGCAUCAGCAACUCCCUCACGGAUACUACACCGGUCCAGAUGGACUACCACAUCCUCACCCGCAUGCCGCUCAACGCAUGCCACUUCACCACCCCAUCCACCCACCACACCACCCACAUGCCCAUCUUCCUCGACAUCGAUCCCGCAGCGGCUCACCGGACGAUGAAGAGGACUCACCAAAGCCUGCCAUGGCUCAUCCAGUCAUGAGCCAUCCCCCAUCAUUCCCCGGUACACCGCCUUAUAUAUCGCCGGAGAUGGUACCCUACGGCUACCCGCACACUCUUCCCCACCAUCCUAUGAUGCAUGGACACGGCCAUCCCCAAGCCCAGGCCCAAGCCGCUGCGGCUGCAGCUGCAUACUAUCAGUAUAUACAGCGGUAUCCUCACAUACCUCCAGCUAUGUUCCCGCCUCCGCCCUUCUUCCAAAUUCAGGCCCGUGAACCUAGCCCGGCUAAGAAAGAAAAGAGUAAGAGUCCCAGCCCGUCUCCACCAACGCCGCCACCGCCACCUCCCCCUCCACCCCCCGCUCCCGCCGAGCCUCCACCGCCAGACCCAAAAGAUGAAGCAAUUGCCCGACUUGAGAAGUUGAUCAUCGAGGAGAGAAAAGAGCGAGAGGAGCGUGACGCUGCUCGUGAAGCUGCUAUUAAGAAAGCUGCUGCUGACAAGGCUGCGGCGGAGGCUCUCGCUGCUAAAGAGAAGAAGAUUGCCGCCGAUGCUGCUGCUGCUGCUACUGCUGCUGCAAAGGAAGAAGCCAGGGUCGAGGCAGAAAAGGCGGCUGCGGCUGCAGCUGCCAAGGCAAAGAAGGAUGCAGAAGAAGCGGCCGCUGCUGCAAAGAAAGAGGCCGAGGAGGCAGCUGCCAUCGCUAUAGCAGAGGCUACGGCGGCUGCUACUGCUGCAGGAGAUACCAAGGCUGCCGAAGCAGCAGCAAAAGCAACCGAGGCUGCAUUGAAAAAGCCACCGCCGCCAAAGAAACCCGUUCAAUUUAAAGAUGCGAUAGGUAGGAAGUUUAAGUUCCCCUAUGACUUAUGCAAGACAUGGCAGGGAAUGGAAGAGCUUAUCCGCCAAGCAUUCCUGCAUGUCGACCUAAUCGGCCAACAUGUUGCAGACGGCCAUUAUGACCUAGUCGGCCCCAACGGCGACAUUAUCUUACCACAGGUCUGGGACACCGUUGUUGAACCUGACUGGACCGUAAGCAUGCAUAUGUGGCCCAUGCCUGAAAAACCCAAGGAGCCGGAUCCCCCACCACCACCUCCUCCACCGCCAGAGGAAGAGCCCGUCGUCGUUGUGGACGUUGCUCCUCCACCUCCACCUCCAGCACCAAAGAAGGUGAUACGUCCUGGUGCGCCUGGUGGAUUUGCUAAAUGGAUGACUGGCGGAAAGGUGAAGCCGAGGGCUAAUUCAAAGGCGGUAAAGAAGACUGAUGCUGGCCCUCCGCCCCCACCGCCUCCACCUCCGCCCCCGCCGCCAUGA